AUGUCAGACGGACGCAGUAGCGUCCAGCUGCUUGCUCAGUGCAAAAUAUGCGUCGUCUGUUCUAAGAACAUCCAAGAAGAUGCUGCGAUGCAGUUGGACAUCCAGAUCAAAGACCACGGCGGCGACGUUGUCAUAUACGAAGACCCAGCACCCUUCCCACCCAUCGAGCAAUUCACGCACAUCAUCUCCUCCACCGCCGAUUUCCCAGCUUACCAAUCUGCUUGCGACACCCUGAUACCAGUUGUAAAACCGCAGUGGCUGCAGGUGUCCAUCGCGAAAAUGAAACUCGCCAAUCCCCGCCAGUUCAGCCCUGACCCCAAAAUGUUCUUCAGCGACGUUGUAGUCACAUGUGGUGAUAUUCCAGAGGGCGAUAAAGAUGCCAUCGUUGGUGGGGUGAUGGCUAUGGGCGGACUGUAUUCGUCUAGAGUCACCUCGCAGGUGACUCACCUGGUCGACCUCAGUAUGGAUUCUGACAAGGCCAAGGUCGUCACCUCGAAGGGAUUGGGCGUGAAGAUUGUGUUGCCUCACUGGUUUGAUGAUUGCUUGAAACUCGGUAGAAGGAUUGAUGAACGGCCUUACACUCUACCAAAUCCCGAAAUUCUACUUGCUGGGCCAGACGUACCUAUUCGCACCUUUGGUAAUGUGGAUAUCGUUGGUGCAUCUACACCAGAACCUACUGCCUUGCCAACCCCGAGUCGAUCCCCAGCUCAUAAGCGCAAUCUCAGUGUUUUCGAGGGAAAGCAUAUUAUGCUGUCGUCGGAUCUGGGAAUUGGAAACCAUCUACUUGCCUCUAUUGAAGACUUAAUCAGACAGGGAAAUGGUAUAGUCACCAAGGACUUGAGGAAAGCGGAUAUGUUUAUCUGCAAACAUCGGGAUGGAUUCGAAUAUCGCACGGCAUCGAGAUGGAACAAAGAGGUCGGGAAUUUGUCGUGGCUAUUUCACCUUGUUACACAUAACACAUGGACAUCUCCUCUUCGACGACUACUGCACUAUCCGACCCAUCGUGAAGGCAUUCCAGGCUUCAAAGGUUUGCGAAUUAGUUUGUCCAACUACGCCGGAGAAGCCAGAGCAUAUCUCGAAAAUCUCAUCCAAGCUACGGGUGCUGAAUGCACCAAGACCCUCAAAAACGACAACACACAUCUCAUCACUGCGCACGGCAACAGCGAAAAAUGCACAGCAGCUAAAGAAUGGGGUCUUUAUGUUAUUAACCAUUUAUGGCUAGAAGAAAGCUAUGCGCAGUGGAAAAUGUUACCAGUUUCUGAACCACGGUACACUCAUUUUCCCAAGCGGACAAAUUUAGGAGAAGUUGUCGGUCAGACAAAACUCGAUAAGACCGUGCUCGAGCAGAACUUCUUCCCCGCAGAUACCGGCGUUGAGGAGACCCGAGUCAUGCAGCAAAAGGAUCAGAAUGUAGCCGCCAACGCUGAAAACAACAAGACGGAUCCAUCUCUAGAGCGAGCCAAAUCCGUUUCCAAGUCAUCACCCGUUCCAGCGAAGACGGCUGCAACCAUGACACCUCAUACAGGCAAGUCAUCUCGCAAGGCAUCUCUCUUCGGCGACACGAAGACUCCCAUGGUUUCGCGCUUCCUCGCGGAUGGAGAGGAAAACGUCACACCUUCAACAACAAGUAGUCGCAAGUCUAAAGAAACUGCUGCGGCGCGCAUACACGACGCUGCUCCUGAUAUUGCUCUUUAUGAGAAGGAGAUGAAACGGGUUGGCGGCGUUAUCUAUGGUGGACGACGAAAGACUGAUCCGGAUCUUGUUCCUCCAGCAAACAACAAGAAGAGAAGAUCUGCCGAGCCUGAAGAAAAAGACGAAGCUGAAGACGAGAAGACGGACGCGAAACGACAGAAGAAACUCAGGGCUCCUGUGACUAUGCACAUGAUAAUAACGGGCUAUCAGAGAUGGGUUGGUAAUGUCAAGAAGGAAGAUGCAGAUAAGCGACAACUUCGCAACUUGGGGAUUGCCAUAACUCAAGACGCUAAAAAAUGCACCCAUCUCGCCGCUCCAUCCAUCUUGCGAACACCCAAGUUCGUCAAUGCUCUGGCAUAUGCCCCUGUCAUUGUGAACGUCGACUAUAUCACACAAUGUCUUGCGAAGGACGAGUUGCUUGAUCCCGCUGACUUUGCCUUGGUUGAUAAAAUCACCGAGAAGAAGAAUGGUUUUACAUUGACCGCUGCGCGUGAACGGGCUCACCGCAACAAGAACAAGCUUCUCAAAGGUUAUAGAAUCUGCUGUGUCGAGACAAUCCGCGGCGGUUUCGAAGCGUUCAAGUCAAUUGUCGAGGCGAAUGGUGGUGAAUGCACACUGUUUCGGGGCCGCGUUUCGAUGAACGAUCAUCGUCAUCGUGAGUCUAGCUCCGAUACAAAUGACAGCGAGACAGACCACUCUAUGAAAGAUGAUGUGUUUCUUAUAAGUGGCGAUGAACCUGAUCACGUCAAGCUUUGGCCUCGAUUUCGUCAAAUGGUUUUCGAAUACGACAGAACACCGCAUAUCGUCAGUGUCAAUUGGUUGCUGGACAUUGCUAUGUCUCAAGAGAUUCGUUGGAAGGACGAAUAUGAGUUCCAAACUCGUGAAGAUGCGUAA